AUUAGGAACUAUACACUCGUUUUUCCCAAACUAUACCGGUAUUCAUUCUGCCAACGGAGUGGCUUCUGGAGCUUCUUCUCACCUUGCACGUAUAGCCCCCGAGAGGUCUCGUUCAUUCACGGUUACUUGCAUUAUUUUCGUAAUUAUAUCUCCAUCGCCUGUACCUUAAUUAAAUGUAUUUUCGGAACCACUACUAGAAGCUUUAUCAAAUAUCUACUUUGUAUGUGUCGUUAUGCAAACAUUUUUAGGCUGCGCUCCACUUGUAAUGAAAAAAUCUCAUUUGAGUAA